CUCUUGCGUCAUCCAACAUGGCCGACUAACUGGCGGGAAAAACAACAGUUGGUUUUUGUUUGUCAGGUUGAACAAAACUUUUGUUUGUUUUUGUGGUAAAAAAUAAAGAUAUGGAUCCUUCAGAAGUGGAAUUUCUGUCUGAGAAGGAAAGAGUGAAGAUUAUCCCAAACUUUAGCCUUGAUAAGAUCUAUUUAAUCGGGAUCUUCUGGGUUCUGCAGGGAGACCUGGGACCAUUUAACCCGGGACUUCCAGUGGAGGUGCCGGUGUGGCUGGCGCUCAAUCUGAAACAGAGACAGAAAUGCAGAAUCGUUCCUCCGGAGUGGAUGGACGCAGAUAAACUGGAGGACAUCCGAGAGCAGGAGAGAAGAGAGGAUGCCUUCACCCCGAUCCCCAGCCCUUAUUACAUGGAACUGACCAAGCUACUGCUAAACCACGCUGCAGACAACAUCCCAAGAGCAGACGAGAUCCGGACCCUGGUCAAAGACAUCUGGGACACUCGCAUUGCAAAACUGCGUCUGUCCGCUGACAGCUUCAUCAGCCAGCAAGAGGCUCACGCCAGGCUGGAUAACCUGACUCUGAUGGAGAUCAACACCACACGCACAUUCCUGUUGGAUUCUCUAAACUUCAUGUACAAGCUGCGCUCCAACCUGCAGCCCGGCUCAGGCUCGGGGAAAUCACAGGAUUACUAACACACUGUGCUGCUGCAGUGAGGUCACUUUUCCAGCUGUGACUUAAAUCAGCAGCGUUUAUUAUUUAUUACAGCAGUUCCUCCGCGUGGACGACUUCGCACUCUUCAGCAGAGCGACUGGGACUGAUUUGUUACAGAUCCUGUGAGGUCACAUGACUGUGUUAUAGAUCACCGAGACGUGAGAUGUACAUGAGUGUGUGUCUGAGGGAAAAGUGUUGUUACCUUCUGUACAACAUGGAGACGUGAUUAUCAACAAGCGACAUGUGAAUCAACCCAACUUUACCUCUAAAUCAUAUCAGCUUACAGCAGCUUUUAUUGUGUUUAUACGUUAAAGAGGAAAUCACAGGUAAAAAAAAAAUAAAAGUGCUGAUGGGUAACUGAAGUAAUGUCAGACCACAAGUGCCGGACGAUUGGCCCGAGGAUCUGACACUUAUCUAACGUCCUUGAAAUCACAGCACGGAUUUAACAAACAGUAGCAUAGAUAAAUGAACACUUGUGCUUGUGUAAUGUAGAUUAAAUCCCUACUGGACAUUUUAUGAACUUCAA